CUCGGAUGAACUGAGGAAGCCUCACCCUCUGUCUCUUGCAUUUCAAUCGGCGUCACCUCUGCAUAUCCAAUAUUAUGGAGCAGUACCGGUGUCUCUUGUCCAAGGUCUGGCUGAGGUGAGAAUGGCGACACAAAGACAAAACAGAGGCAGCGAUACCCUGGUCUGGGUCCCCUGGGGGCCGCCAAGUGGUCGCAUUCUGUGGAGAGGACGACAGGUACUGAAGACUUGCGCGAUCGUCAGCAAUCUCAGGCCAGGUCAGCGCCCCAGCUGAAAGAAGGCUUGGAAAUCGUCAAUCGCCAGCGAUCAUCCAGUGUAAAAAAAGAAACACGAUGAAUUAGACCCCGGAAUUCCCAUGGCCUGUCAUUUCCAGCUCCUGUUCUUCUUCUGGUUCUGCCCGAGUCAGCGCUCCAGGGCUCCGGUCCUGAAAGCGACACUCACUCGGUACCAGCAUCUCCAGAGAGUGAGCCUGAGGUGUGAGAGAGGGGAGAGAGGAGAGACUGCAACGGUUACACACGCUAGGUGAAACUCACAACAUCCCCUUCCACCUGUUUCACUCACUGUAUGUAGCUCCAGCAGACGACCGUAAGAAGACCAGGCUUGCGAGGUGCUGCCACAACCAAGAAAUUACCGACUGAUCUGCGACCCCCAUCGCCCGUCGAUGCUCUGUCAUUCUUCAAAUCUGAGAUGGUUGAUCAUGGUCACCGGCGACGACAGCGAUAUUAAAGGUAGCGAAUGCAACCCCACGCACACAGACCGCGUUUAUGAUCCCUUCCACAAUGCUCUCUCUCUCUCUUUUGGGCGACGGAACCUGCCCAAGAACCAUCAGCACAUCCCCCCGCUUUCCUGCCGAUCUCUUGGAUGGUCCCAACUUUCGUAGAAAUUGGCUGAGAGGACGUGGCCGAGAAACUUCAAGCUUCACAGAUCAGAGCUUGGCAUCUCAUAGAGUCUCCUCCAACCUGUAGCCGGAUCGAUCCAUCACACACACACACAGCAGCCUACCAUGGCACCUGCAGCAUAUGCAAUGCCGUGCCGGUGCCGUGAGAUGCACAGAGUCUCUCUCUGUCCCGGCGUCUUGGUGGUGAGGGGGAUUGGGGCCCAAGCACUGUCAUGAAAAUGCGGGGGAUGCGGGGCUUUCAUCUGUUUUCCUCAUUUUUUUCUUCUUUCUUUUCGGUGUUUGCUGAAGCAUGUCUCAAUCGCUGUUCCAACACUGCCGGGUUGUCUCGAGAUGAUCGAGAUCUGCUCACCGUCAAUCUUCGGGAAUUUCAUCGACUUACCUUUUUGUCGAUGCCGGGCUCAGACCUCUCGGCCGGUGCAGAUGUCAUCGUGAUAGCUCCAAUGCGCACGGCUUCGGUUUGUGCAUUAGCCCUUCCGUCUCGCUCCAGUCACCUCUUGGUUCGAGUCUGAUCAUUUGCCAACCUGGAAGUACCAUUUGAUCAUUGUCCCUUUUGAGUGGCUAUUGGCCUGUGCUUGCCUCCUGGAUGUGCCACGGAACCAAUGACAAGGCUGACUACAGAUAUCUCGAGAUACAGCACCACGAUGGUGCUUUUGGCCUCAAGUCUGCACCCAAAUCUCUUGCUCAGAAAGACCACCGAUAUCGUUCCUUUGGCUACCUACUAGUACCCCAGAUCGCAAGGGAGCCGAUAUCUUCCACGUCAGCCGAGGCCACCAUCGGGAUCAGUACCAUUGUCACUCUUGACCAUCACUGGUCAAAGAUGCUUAAAUUGUUCCCAGGCAGUCUACCAGUAUUCUAGACGUAUCACCACGAUGGGUCCCUCGGCCCUUUCCGACGACGAUUGGUGAUAACCAAUCCCCAGAGAUCCGCCACGUGAAGUCACGGUAGGAUGGAAAAGGCAGGCGGCCACUCAGCUGGGUUAGAAGCUGGAGGCAUGCCUUGGCACCGUUAACCACCUGUCCAUUCAGGCAGGUCGCCCGCCCAACGUGCUAGUACCCCCAGCCAAUCAACACGCACAGCACCCCUGAAUAGCCCCUGAAUUGGGCUACGAUAACAUAACUGGUGUAACGGCGGCCAGGUCCGCCUUAUGUCGUACUUGCCAUGCCUAUCAAAUCAACAAACUCCAUAUCCCACGUGUAAUACAGGAGGAACAUGCAGCAUAUAACUACGAGAUGAUCGCCUGCAACGGCUUGUCCUGUUUUCAACAGCUUGGACUCGCACAGGCCCGAGCCCGUUCCCGACGACAGCCACGACGACGACGAUCAUGAAGGCCUCACCGACUGCUCUCGGCAUCUUUGCCAUCACGAGCCUUCAGUCUCUGGCGUCCGCCCUGACAAUCGCCGAGAUCAAUGGCAACAAGUACAUCUCGCCAUACUCAGGGCAGACCGUGACCAACGUCACCGGUCUCCUGAUCGCCAAAGGUCCCAACGGAGUAUUCAUUCGGUCGACAACCCCGGACAAGGACAUUGCCACUUCUGAGGCCAUCUAUGUCUUUGACCGCAAUGUGGGUGCCAACCUGACCGUGGGCGACAUCAUCUCUUUGGAUGCCAAGGUGCUCGAGUAUCGGUCAAGCAACGCCUACCUCUAUCUGACCGAGUUGUCCACUCCCAAGAAUGUCCAGGUGCUCUCCAGCGGGAACAAGGUGAAGGCCUUGGUGAUUGGGAAGGACACAAUCGACCCCCCCAACACUCAAUUCAGCUCGCUGGAUGGCGGUGACAUCUACAAUGUGCCCAACGGAGUGGCCAACAUCUCCGAAGUGAACCCUGUGCUGGAGCCCAAGAAGUUUGGAUUGGAUUUCUGGGAGAGCUUGAGCGGUGAACUGGUCACCGUCCGAAAGCCGAGUGUGAUCAAGCAACCCAACAACUAUGGUGAUACCUGGGUCGUCGGUGACUGGAAGGUCACGGGGAAGAACAAGCAGGGAGGCAUCACCAUGACCGACAAAGAUUCCAACCCAGAGGCUAUCGUCAUUGGCUCCCCUCUUGAUGGCACCAAGAACCCCAACACCAGCAAGAUGGGCGAUGAACUCGAGGAAAUCACCGGUGUCGUGCAACAUGCCUUUGGUUUCUACUCGAUCCUCCCCCUCACCGCCGUCAAGGUGAGCAAGCCCGCCAAGGGUGUUGCUGCUCAGAAGCCCACCAGCCUCAAGAGCAAGGGCCAGUGCAAGGCCAUCACUGUCGGCAGCUACAACGUCGAAAAUCUGUCUCCUUCGUCUGAACACCUGCCCCUGAUUGCCAGCCACAUCGUCACCUACCUCAAGUCCCCUGAUUUCCUCUUCCUCCAGGAAGUCCAGGACAACUCGGGCCCCACCAACAACGACGGCAUCACCUCUGCCAACCUGACCCUUUCCGCUCUCGCUGCCAGCAUCAAGGCCGCUGGUGGUCCGACCUACGAGUUCGCCGAGGUUGCACCCGCCACCCCUAACCUUGACGGUGGCCAGCCAGGCGGCAACAUCCGUCCCGCCUAUCUCUACAACCCAGCCAUCAUCUCCCUCUACAAACCCAACCAGGGCCAAGGGGACGAUGCCACCUCCGUUGUGAAGGGCUCGGGCAAGAACUCUCCUCCCUCCCUGACCUUCAACCCGGGCCGCAUUGAGCCUGCCAACCCAGCCUGGACCGCCUCUCGCAAGCCCGUUGUCGGUGCCUGGGUCGCCAAGGGUGCCACCAAGCCUUUCUUCACCGUCAACGUCCACUUCGGCAGCAAGGGCGGCGGUUCCAGCCUCCACGGCGACCGUCGUCCUCCCAUCAAUGGUGGUGUGGCUGACAGACUUGCUCAGGCUAACGUCACUGCUACCUUCAUCUCCCAGAUCCUCAACGCCGACCCCAAAGCUGCCGUCAUCUCCGCCGGUGACUUUAACGAGUUCUCCUUUGUCCGGCCCAUGAAGACUUUUGCCGAGAUCAGCAAGAUGAAGGACCUGGACGAGGUGGCCGGCAUCAAGCCCACCGAGCGGUACACCUACGCCUUUGACAUGAACGCCCAGGCGCUCGACCACAUGUACGUCAGCCCUUCGCUUGCGGCCAGCAGCAAGAGCGACUUUGAGCACAUUCACGUCAACACUUGGGGGUCGUACGCCGAGAUGGUGUCGGACCAUGAUCCCAGCGUGGCUCUGUUUGAUUUGUGCGGGUGAGAUGGUGUUGUGGGGAAAGGUGUACGAGUAUUGCCUUGUCAGAGGCUUGUAAUAUCAAUUGAAGUUCAGUAACAUGUGAA